AUGCCGUCGACUGUGACUACAUCCCGAUCCUGCCCAGCAUCAAAUCUAAGCUCAGCUUGGGGUGUUGCUGUCGAUCCCUACUCAAAUGUUUAUGUAACGUAUGGUACCAGCGUGGUAAAGUUUCCAGGCGGCACUGUAGUAGCGGGUGGUGCAGCACCAGAUCCUCCUCAAUCUCCAUUUGGUAUUUGUGUCGAUUGUUUCGGCGCAAUAUAUGUAACAGACUACGCGUACUCGCGUAUUCAAUUGUGGUCAAAUUCUAGUGUUGGAGUAACAAUUAUUGGUUACCCAAAUGGUACUUUUGGAAGCGGGCCAAAAGAACUAAACUCACCGGUAGAUGUUAAACUUGAUCGACAGGGUAAUAUUUACGUACUUGAUGAGGGUAAUAAUCGAAUACAAAAAUAUCCUCCAGGCGGUGGGACCGGUACAACAGUAGGAACUCUCCCAGUGUCCAGUGGUGCGAGUGCGUUACUUGUAGAUGACUGUGGAAACUUUUAUGUCAUCCAAAAUUUGGGCGUAUAUAAGUAUACUUCAGCAUCGACUUCAGGAACAUUAAUGCCACCAAUAUUUACUGGUACACCAUUUGGAAUCGCAUUUGAUGUUCAACUGAAUUUGUAUAUUACUGUAAACAUUAAUUCAACCGUUGGUGUUACGUAUAAAUAUGCUUAUUCAUAG